AUGGAGGAGCAAGCUGUAGUGUUGGAGAAGGUGUCAUGGUCUAUAGACACGAAACAACGAUUCCACGAUGAACUGCGCAAAAUUCGAGUUAAUGCUGCAAAAAACAGUAUUUUCUUAACCGAAACUACUUACCAGAAGUUAAUAAAUGAUGUACAAAAAGCCAAAAUGACUACUAAGAAGGAACCCAGGGACUAUUGGUUGCUGAAUCGCUUUGAUGUGAUGAUUGUAGAAAACAAAAGUAAACUCAUUUAUCCCGUUAAAGAAGGCGUCAGUACUAUACAGUAUUACGUCACGGACUCGGAGUUAUUUCACGUACUUCAUGAAGCUCAUUUGGCUAUUGGACACGGAGGACGUGAUAGAAUGUCGAAAGAACUUUCAAUCAAAUACAAAAAUGUUACGCGUCAGGAUAUUGAACUGUACAUCCACCUUUGUGAACCUUGCCAGAAAAAACACAAAGGUAUUAAAAAGGGCAUUGUUGCCAAACCUAUGAAUUUUUCCGAAUUUAAUUCCCGUUGUCAAGUAGAUCUUAUUGACUUUCAGUCUCAGCCAGAUAGAAAAUACAAAUUUAUUACGGUUUACCGAGAUUAUCCGACAAAAUUUGUGAUUCUUAAGUCUCUAACGUCGAAAAGAGCCGAAGAAGUAGCCUACAACCUAGUGGACAUAUUCUCGUUGCUUGAAGCGCCAUCUAUAUUACAAUCUGACAAUGGCAGAGAAUUUGCCAAUAAUGUGGUGACCAGCUGGAAGGAGUUUUGGCCAGCACCGAAGAUCGUCCGUGGGAAGCCUGGCCAUUCGCAAAGCCAGGGUAGUGUCGAAAGAGCUAAUCGAAAUAUCGAAAAUAUGCUCUGUACUCGGAUGCGGGACAAUAAAUCUGACCGCUGGAGUGAAGGACUACGUUUCGUUCAAUUUAUGAAAAAUAGAGCUUAUCAUUCUGGGAUCGAAAGAACACCAUACGAAGCUCUAUUUGGCUGCAACCUAAAGUAG